AUGUGCGGUAUUUUUGCUUAUCUUAAUUAUCUUGUAACCAAAGACAGAAAGACUAUCGUCGAUACUCUUGUGAGCGGAUUGGCUCGUCUUGAAUAUCGAGGUUAUGACUCUGCUGGUGUUUCUGUCGAUGGUGAUACCACCGAAGAAGUACUCAUUUAUAAACAAGUCGGAAAAGUAGCAGCCCUCAAAAAAUUAAUAUCCGAGCAAAAAUGCGACUUUGGCAAAGAAUUCGUUAGUCAUUGCGGUAUGGCUCAUACACGUUGGGCUACUCACGGUGAACCUUCCCCAACCAACUCUCAUCCCCAUCGCUCAGAUCCUAAUAACGAGUUCACAGUUGUACACAAUGGCAUCAUUACAAACUAUAAAGAACUCAAGACUGUUCUCGAAAAUAAAGGUUACAGGUUCGAAUCAGAAACAGACACUGAAGCUGUUGCAAAAUUAGCAAAAUAUUUGUAUGAUUCACAAAAAGAUAAUCAAACUUUGAGCUUCACCGCUCUUGUAAAAGGAGUUAUUAAGGAAUUAGAAGGUGCUUUUGCACUUAUUUUCAAAAGUAUUCAUUUCCCAAAUGAAAUUGUUGCCACUCGUCGAGGUUCCCCGUUAUUGGUCGGUGUCAAAACCGAAAAGAAAUUGAAAGUUGACUUUGUCGACGUAGAAUUUGGAGCAGAGGAAAAAGUUCCCGCUCCUGCAAAUCUUUUAGCUCCGCCUAGCGCCGAAGGUCAUCCAAAACUCCGACGUAGCCAAUCACGUGCUUUCCUUAGUGAAGACGGAUUACCGCAACCUAUUGAAUUUUUCCUUGCUUCUGAUCCUUCGGCAAUUGUUGAACAUACCAAACGUGUGCUCUAUCUUGAAGAUGAUGAUAUCGCUCAUAUUAGCGAUGGAGAAUUACAUAUUCAUCGUCUUCGACGAGAUGAUGGCAUGCCCUCUGUUCGCUCUAUUCAAACAUUGGAAAUUGAACUUGCCGAAAUUAUGAAAGGACGAUUCGAUCAUUUUAUGCAAAAAGAAAUUUACGAACAACCUGAGUCGGUUGUCAACACAAUGCGUGGUCGCGUCAAUUUUGAGUCACAUAAAGUUACUCUUGGAGGUUUGAAGGCUUACCUGGCUACUAUUCGUCGUUGUAGACGUAUUGUUUUCUGUGCAUGCGGAACGAGUUAUCAUUCUUGCGUUGCCACUCGUGCAAUUUUUGAGGAAUUGACUGAAAUCCCAGUCUCGGUUGAACUUGCUAGCGAUUUUUUGGAUAGGAAAACGCCAAUUUUCCGAGAUGAUGUCUGUGUAUUUGUAUCACAAUCUGGAGAAACUGCUGACACUAUUCUCGCUCUACGGUAUUGUCUUGAACGUGGUGCUCUAUGUCUCGGUAUUACCAAUACUGUGGGCUCAACCAUUUCACGUGAAACUCAUUGCGGUGUGCACAUUAAUGCUGGUCCCGAAAUUGGAGUUGCAUCAACAAAGGCGUAUACUUCACAAUUCAUUGCCUUGGUAAUGAUGGCUAUUCAAUUAAGUGAAGAUCGCUCAUCAAUGACUCAACGACGAAAUGAUAUAAUCGACGAACUUUACAAAUUAUCGGAUCACAUCAAAGCAGUACUUAACUCCGACAAAGAACUCCAACAACUCGCCAAAGAGGUUUUAUACAAAGAAAAAAGUUUAUUGAUUAUGGGUCGUGGAUUCCAGAAUGCCACUUGCCUUGAAGGUGCUUUGAAAAUCAAAGAGGUUUCAUAUAUGCAUUCAGAGGGAAUAUUAGCUGGUGAAUUGAAACACGGUCCAUUGGCUCUUAUCGACGAAAAUAUGCCUGUAAUUUUAAUUAUGACCAAAGAUUCUUUGUACCCGAAAGUACAAAGUGCCCUUCAACAAGUGACGGCUCGAAAGGGUCAACCAAUCAUUAUUUGCAACGACGAUGAUGAUGGCAUUUCAAAACAAUAUAAAACUAUUCGAAUUCCACAGACUGUUGACUGUCUGCAAGGUCUUCUUACAAUUAUCCCGUUGCAACUUCUUUCAUAUCACUUGGCUGUAUUGCACGGUGUCGAUGUCGAUUUCCCAAGAAAUUUGGCCAAAUCGGUAACGGUCGAAUAA